CAUGUUUACUUUGGGUGACGCUGAACCUCUUCCAUUUUCCUCCGCCUCUGGUUGUCAAGAAGAUGGCAGCUUCCAGGCAGGCAUGAGAGGAAAUACUUCUUCGCAAAUCGAAUGAAUUUGGAUUAACGUCGCAAGAUAACAGCACAUACUUGUGUUUUUGCAUUUGCUGCAUUGGGUGAAAAGUUAUGUCUGCCCCUGGUUCAGCGGCGUCUGGGACCACGGCGUCGGUCCUACAACCGCGAUGGAAACGGGUCCUUGGCUGGUCGGGUCCCGUCCCCCGGCCUCGUCACGGACACAGAGCCGUUGCUAUAAAGGAGCUUAUGGUUGUUUUCGGCGGUGGAAACGAAGGAAUUGUGGAUGAGCUACAUGUAUACAACACCGCAACAAACCAGUGGUUUAUCCCAGCGGUUCGUGGUGAUAUUCCCCCUGGUUGUGCUGCAUAUGGUUUUGUAUGUGAUGGCACACGGUUGCUGGUAUUUGGUGGGAUGGUGGAGUAUGGAAAGUACAGCAAUGACCUUUACGAGUUACAGGCCAGCAGAUGGGAAUGGAAAAAGUUGAAAGCCAAAAAUCCAAAGAACGGUCCUCCUCCUUGUCCUCGCCUUGGUCACAGCUUUUCACUGGUUGGAAACAAAUGCUAUCUGUUUGGUGGACUGGCCAAUGAUAGUGAAGAUCCAAAAAAUAACAUUCCCAGAUACCUGAAUGAUUUGUACACCCUCGAGCUUCGCCCAGGAUCCAGUGUCGUUGGAUGGGAUAUUCCAAUCACAUAUGGAGUUUUGCCUCCUCCUCGUGAGAGCCACACUGCAGUGGUAUACACAGAAAAGACUAGUAGAAAAUCUCGCUUGAUAAUCUAUGGAGGGAUGAGUGGCUGUCGUCUUGGGGAUCUGUGGACUCUUGAUAUUGAUACCCUGACAUGGAACAAACCAGGAGUUGGUGGCACAGCCCCUCUUCCACGGAGUCUCCACUCUGCCACCACAAUCACAAACAAGAUGUAUGUUUUUGGAGGGUGGGUUCCUUUGGUAAUGGAUGACGUCAAAGUGGCCACCCACGAGAAAGAGUGGAAAUGCACCAACACUCUUGCCUGCCUAAACCUCGACUCCAUGUGUUGGGAAACUGUGUUGAUGGACACGCUUGAAGACAACAUCCCGAGGGCCCGUGCCGGUCACUGUGCUGUGGCCAUUAACUCCAGACUUUAUGUGUGGAGCGGACGUGACGGUUACCGCAAAGCGUGGAACAACCAAGUCUGCUGUAAAGACCUGUGGUACCUGGAAACAGAGCGGCCGCAUGCCCCUGCCAGAGUACAGUUAGUCCGUGCCAACACGAACUCUUUGGAGGUGAGCUGGGGUGCAGUCUCCACAGCAGACACGUACCUGCUGCAACUGCAGAAGUACGAUAUUCCUGCAACUCCAGCAGCAGCCACACCAGCCAUGAGCACAGCCCCAACACAGCCGGUUAACUCUCCAAAGAGCCCCGCACCAGCUGCUGCAGCACCGUCUGCUCAAAGCUUACCACAGACAGCUGUUUUAAAAGUUGCAGCUCAACAGUCUGCAGCUGGUGCAUCAGUUGUCACAGUUCGCCCCAGCCAGCCAGGGAAAUCCCCCGUCACUGUGACAUCACUUCCUGCAGGCGUUCGAAUGGUAGUCCCUGCCCAAACCACCCAAGGAUCGCCCAUUGGAAGCAGCCCUCAAAUGAGCGGCAUGGCAGCUUUAGCCGCAGCUGCUGCUGCCACACAGAAGAUCCCACCCUCUUCUGCAGGAACCGUCCUCAAUGUUCCUGCAGGUGCCACCAUCCUCAAAACGGUUGCAGUUUCUCCUGGCACCACCACAGUGAAAGUUGCUUCCCCAGUGAUGGUGAGCAACCCGGCCACUCGGAUGUUGAAGACUGCCGCAGCCCAAGUGGGGACAGCAGCUGCAUCCUCUCCCACCACCACCAGACCCAUCAUCACUGUGCACAAGUCUGGUGCCGUCACAGUGGCUCAGCAGGCGCAGGUGGUAACCACCGUAGUGGGAGGAGUCACCAAGACCAUCACUCUGGUUAAGAGCCCCCUCACUAUGGGCGGUAGUGGCACUUUGAUCUCCAACCUCGGCAAGAUGAUGUCUGUGGUACAAACCAAGCCGGUGCAGACGUCCGCCGUCACAGGCCAGGCUUCCACCAACCCCCUCACACAGAUCAUACAGACAAAGGGGCCCCUCCCAGCUGGCACCAUUCUGAAGCUGGUGACCUCUGCAGAUGGCAAGCCGACAACAAUCAUCACGACCUCACAGGCAGGAGGCACAGGAAACAAGCCCACAAUCCUCAACAUCAGCGGCGUUUCUCCUACCACCACAAAGCAGGGCACCACUAUCAUUAAGACCAUCCCCAUGUCCGCCAUAAUGACCCAACCUGGAGCCACAGGCGUGACAAGCAGUGCUGGCAUGAAAACGCCGAUAACAAUCCUGACUACGAAGGUAAUGACCACUGGAACUCCUGGUAAGAUCAUCACUGCGGUGCCCAAACUCGCCACUGCAGCUGGCCAGCAAGGACUAACACAAGUGGUAUUGAAGGGAGCUCCUGGACAGCCUGGCACCAUUUUACGCACCGUCCCCAUGAGUACAGUGGGUGGUGUUCGACUCGUUACUCCAGUUACCGUGUCUGCAGUCAAGCCCACUGUCACCACUUUGGUGGUUAAGGGAACUACUGGAGUCACCACUCUGGGGACAGUCACUGGCACUGUGUCCACAAGCUUAGCUGGAGGCACAGUUGACAGUUCCAAUGCCUCCCUGGUGACCCCCAUCACCACACUGGGAACCAUCUCUACUCUGUCCAGCCAGGUCAUCAGCCCCUCGGCCAUAACUGUGUCGGCCGCACAGACAAGUCUGACUUCUACACUGCCCUCAUCUGCUAUCACAGUGCAGAACCAGCCAACACAGGUGACUCUGAUAACAACUCCUAGUGGGGUGGAAGCCCAGCCUGUUCAAGAUCUACCUGUAUCCAUCCUGGCUUCCCCCACCUCUGAGCAGCCCUCUUCCACUGAUGCUGCAGCUGGAGAGGGUUCCGGGACUGUCACCCUGGUCUGCUCCAACCCUCCAUGUGAGACCCACGAAACUGGGACGACCAACACAGCCACCACGUCUUCUGCUGCGAUUGGAGGACAGGUGUGUUCCAACCCUCCCUGUGAGACCCAUGAGACUGGAACCACCAACACCGCUACAACUGCAUCCUCAAACAUGUCUUCGCUGCGCGUGUGCUCCAACCCGCCAUGCGAGACUCACGAAACGGGCACGACUAAUACGGCAACCACAGCAACAUCCAAAAUGGAAGGAGUCCAGAAGGUGUGCUCCAACCCGCCGUGCGAGACCCACGUGACGGGCACCACCGAUACAGCCACCCAAGCCUCGUCCAACAUGAACGCCGCGGGGACCAGCACAGUGCAGAGCAACUCCCAGAAAGCCUGCUCCAACCCGCCGUGCGAGACCCACGUGACGGGCACCACCGAUACAGCCACCCAAGCCUCAUCCAACAUGAACGCCGCGGGGACCAGCACAGUGCAGAGCAACUCCCAGAACGCCUCCUCCAAACCCCCCUGUGAGACCCAGGAGACGGGCACGACUGAUACAGCCACCACGGCAACCUCAAACACGGAAGGGGUCCAGCAGGUGUGCUCCAACCCACCUUACGAGACACACGUGACGGGCACCACUGACACAGCCACCCAGGCUUCGUCCAGCAUGAACGCUGGGGAGACCAGCACCGUGCAGAGCAACACACAGAGCGCCUGCUCCAACCCGCCCUGUGAGACCCACGAGACGGGGACGACCAAUACUCCGUCCACAGCCACAUCCAGCAUGGGAGAAGAGCAGACCAACACAGCUGCUGGGCUGGUCCAGAGGGUCUGCUCUAACCCCCCCUGUGAAACACACGAGACCGGGACCACCAACACUGCAACCACCGCAACCUGCGGCAUGGAGACAGGCGAGGGCACAGAAGCUCAGCAGACGGUGGAGGGAGAAGAAGGUACCAGCAGCACAGAGGCAGCUUCUACCACAGCAGCAGCUGGCACUACCACCACCCAGGGCAGAGCCAUUACUACUGUCACUCAGUCCACCCCCGCCCCUGGACCUUCAGUACCCUCAAUUUCUUCAAUCACCGAGGGAGUGAGUACCGCUACCAGCUCCACUGAAGAACCCAUGCAGACAGAUGAAGCUGCGUCAGCAGAAGCUGCCCCAUCUGAGGAGGCAGCUGCUGCCAUGGAGACACAAGCAGAAGGAGAAACUGCAGCAACAACUACCUUGAACCUGCCUUCAGAGCUGAUGUCUGAGGGCCAGGGAGCCACGCUCAUGGUGACAGGGCUGUCGGAUGAAGAACUGGCUGUGACUGCUGCAGCAGAGGCCGCCGCUCAGGCAGCAGCCACCGAAGAAGCUCAGGCCCUGGCCAUUCAGGCGGUUCUACAGGCAGCUCAGCAAGCUGUCAUGAACGAGGGUGAUGCUUCUGCAGACAGCCAGCAACCAACCAGCAUCCCCAUUAUGCUUACCCAACAAGAGCUGGCAGCGCUGGUCCAACAGCAGCAGCAGCUGCAAGAAGCUCAGGCUGCAGCUCAGCAAGCCUCUGUGGACGCAAGCCUGCCCACCGAAGGCCUCGCCCCGGCCGACAGCCUCAAUGACCCCUCUGUGGAGAGCAACGGACACAACGAGAUGGCAGCAUCAGUUACCAGUGCAGUGGCUUCUCUGCUACCACGUACUACUGCUGAGACUCUUGCUCCAUCAAGCACAUUCGCCCCGUCUGCAUCAAUUGCCAGUCCAGCAAAGCUCCAGGCAGCAGCCGCUCUGGCAGAGGUUGCCAAUGGGAUAGAGGGAGAGAAACAAGCCCCCCAGCCAACUCCAGCAAAGCCGGUCGCGAAAAAGGAGAACCAGUGGUUUGAUGUGGGGAUUGUAAAAGUGACAAACAUGGUUGUCACUCACUUCUAUGUGCCAGCAGAUGAUUCUCAAGGAGAUGACGAUUCUGGUAUUAUGCCAGACUACAGCCAAAUGAAAAAAAUGGAGCUGCAGCCCGGCACGGCAUACAAGUUCCGUGUGGCUGGAAUCAACGCAUGUGGUCGCGGAGCUUUCUCUGAGAUUUCUGCUUUCAAGACAUGCCUACCAGGCUUUCCAGGAGCACCUUGCGCCAUCAAAAUCAGCAAGAGUCCAGAUGGAGCCCACUUGACCUGGGAGCCCCCCUCUGUCACGUCAGGGAAGAUCAUUGAGUAUUCGGUGUAUCUGGCCAUCCAGAGCAGCCAGACAGCUGAGGCCAAGGCCUCCUCUCCAGCCCAGCUAGCCUUCAUGCGCGUGUAUUGUGGACCCAACCCUUCUUGCUUGGUGCAGUCGUCCAGCCUGUCCAACGCUCACAUUGACUACACCACCAAGCCUGCCAUCAUCUUCCGCAUCGCCGCCCGCAAUGAGAAGGGCUACGGUCCUGCCACCCAAGUUCGAUGGCUGCAGGAAUCUGGUAAAGAUGCUGCUUCUGCGAAACCUGCCCCCAAAAGACCAGGCACCUCUCCUGAUACCAAGACUGCUGGUCCAAAGAAAGCAAGGACAGACCAGUGAGGUUUCCCAGCGAUCUCUCCCAGUCUUGUUUUUUUUUUCUUUUUCUUUUUGUUUUUUCUCCUUCCACCCAAGUCUUUUUUAUGAGAAAAAAACUGACCUUCACCCCCUUCAUUACCCUAAUCUCAUCGUCCGCGCCCCCCCCCACGUCUCAGAUCAAGGCGGCAAUGGAGGCAGGACAACCGUUUGAAGACGAGAUGAAGUCGAUCUGAGAGAUGCUUCUGUAGAUAAACCCUUUUGUCCUUCUUU